CGUGCAGUCCAGCGGUGCAAAGUAAGACAUAAUCUCUCAAAGCUGUCUGUUUUCAGUCAAGUUUAUCGUCUCGCAAGGAACUAUCAAGAUGAGCAAACGAUUUCAUAGCGGUGGACCGGGACCUGUUAUGGGAGGUGGAACGUUAACCCCUUCAAAAUGGUCAUCUCCAAGACCUGCCACUGCCGAUGUUCAGAAGCUCUGUGACGACGUCCGAAGUAUGGUCCAGGAGGCCUACAACGGCAACAAACCUUUCCAUGACUUUACCGCCACGUCAUUCAUCAGUCAAGACAUCGAGAAUGGUCGUAUCGUACGCGCUAAGGUGUGCAUCAAUUCACUUGCUGAAAUUCGGCUUCAAGUAAAGAGAACACAAGCAAAAGACAUGCCCUACCAUGAAGUAGCCGAGGCAUUCUGCGAUGGCAACCUGCAAGAGGGCCCUGAGUAACUGGUGCAGGGCGACUCCUUUCUCUAUGUGCUUCUAUUCCAAUCGGAUAUCUUUACCUCUCUUCAGUCUACACGUUGUGUUGUGCCGACGUGGGUAUUGCUGCCGGCUUUUGCUUUAGCAUACGUUUUAAAAAUAUUGCGUUUUCGCUUUUUGUGUACAGAUUAUUGCUUGCUAGUGUGUUCAAUAAUACACAAUUGUCAAGUUCA